AUGCUCCGGCCCUCCUUCCCCCUCCUCCACUCGCUCCUUCUCCUAUGGCCUCUCCAAGCUCACGCCGCUAAUUUCUCCUUCUCCUACGGCGCAGCCACUCAGUGCGAUGACUUCCAGAUAUCCUGGACAGGCGGCACGGUGCCGUUCUUCAUGACCAUCAUCCCCUCCUUUGGCACACCCAAGAACAUCAGUAUUCCAAACAGCGCCUUCACCUCUCAGCAAGGUAAAUACUCCACUACCCUCGCCUACACCGCCCAGCAAAACCUCGUCGUCGCCCUCUCCGACGCCUCGGGUUUCGGCUCCGGGGGCAUCUCUCCCGUGAUCACUGUUGGCAACUCAAAGAGUGGGAACAAAUGCAACACAACCGACCCAGGCGUCGACUUCACCUACUCCACCGACUCGGCUCUUUCUCAAUGCAGAACCUAUACCUUCAACCAAUUCUCAUCGGCCGUGCAGCCGAUCACGAUCACAGGAUUCGUGCCGGGCGGCGAUUCCUUUGUCUUGAACCCACCAAAGGGCUCCACAACGUUCGAUUGGAUAGCCGACAUUGCAUCGGGGACUUCGCUGGCCUUCUUUGCUGUCGACUCCCGGGGACGUCAAGGCGGGACCACGGAGUUCGCGACAGUCGGCCUGUCUGACGACAAGACAUGUCUCGACAAGAACUCGCCUGCUUCCGUUAUCGAUGCCCCUAAAUCCACUGCCACGUCUUCGACAGGCUCGGAUUCGAACGGCAACCCUACGAACCAAGACAGCACCAGCUCGGAUGCAGGGACAAUUGCUGCCGUGAUUGUCGGCGUCCUGGUAUCCUUGGGUGUCAUCGGCUCCCUCUUCUGGUUCUACCUCCGUCGCCGAAAGGGCAACAGGGGUCUGUUUGGAGGCCGUUUCCGCAAGCAGGAAGUCGACCUCAUCCACGUCGACUCCAAUCUACCUCCCGCCUCCGCCCUCAACCCAUAUCCUCUCUACCAGACACAGACCAACGGCGCCGCCACAGCAUACGGUACUGCCGCCUCCGCGCACAGUGCAUCGCAGCGUGGUUCGCAAUACACCGCCGACUACAACGGUGGGCAACGCCCAGAAGGCACCGUCACCUCGUGGGACCAGAGCUUGACGUCGAGCGCAGCGCGCCGGAAGGCGCAGCAAGCCGGCGUGUCCACUUAUCAACCGCCCGCGCGGUUCAUUCUCCACACCGACAUCGAGGACGACAUCCCGCCACCGGCAGAAGACGAGGUCAUCGAGCUGCCCCCUCAAUACACUGAGCGACGCACCCCUUCAGCAUCGGGUUCCGGCACGCAUCAAGAGAACACCAGCUCCACACAACAUACCUUCCCACCCAGCGACGCCGAUCGUAAAGGGUGGCGCCAGUCAUAG